AUGGAGAAACCACAAAAAAUGCCGAAAGUGGCGAAAGUAAAGAACAAAGCACCAGCAGAGAUUCAAAUUACUGCAGAGCAGCUUCUUCGUGAAGCCAAAGAAAGAGAUUUAGAAAUUUUACCACCACCGCCAAAACAAAAAAUUUCUGAUGAAGCAGAGUUAGCAGACUAUCAGCAGAGGAAAAGAAAAACAUUCGAAGAUAACUUGAGAAAGAAUCGAAGCGUUGUGAGCAACUGGAUCAAGUAUGCACAAUGGGAAGAAUCUCAAAAAGAAAUCAAACGAGCUCGCUCAAUCUGGGAGCGUGCUCUUGACAAUGACCAUCGCAACAUAACAAUAUGGCUGAAAUAUGCUGAAAUGGAAAUGAAGAAUAAACAAAUUAAUCAUGCACGAAAUCUUUGGGAUCGAGCAAUAACCAUCAUGCCACGAACCAAUCAAUUCUGGUACAAAUAUACUUAUAUGGAGGAGAUGCUGGAAAAUGUUGCUGGAGCUCGUCAAGUAUUUGAACGUUGGAUUGAAUGGCAACCUGAAGAACAAGCUUGGCAAACUUACAUUAACUUCGAACUGAGAUACAAGGAACUCGAUAGAGCACGAAACAUUUACGAACGAUUCGUAAUGGUUCAUCCUGAAGUUAAAAAUUGGAUAAAAUAUGCACGAUUUGAAGAAGCUCAUGGAUUUAUUAAUGGAGGCAGAAGUGUGUAUGAAAGAGCUAUCGAGUUCUUUGGUGAUGAUUACAUUGAUGAACGACUUUACACAGCUUUUGCCAAGUUCGAAGAAAAUCAACGUGAACAUGAUCGAGCAAGAGUCAUUUACAAAUAUGCUUUAGAUCAUCUUCCAAAAGACAAAUCGAAUGAGAUCUACAAAGCUUACAGUAUCCAUGAGAAGAAAUUUGGUGACAAAGCUGGCAUUGAAAAUGUGAUAACAUCGAAAAGAAAGUUCAAAUACGAACAGGAAAUUUCUGAAAAUCCAACAAAUUAUGAUGCUUGGUUUGAUUAUCUUCGAUUGAUUGAAAAUGAAGGCGAUUUAGAAGCAACAAGAGAAACAUAUGAACGAGCUAUUGCAAAUGUUCCGCCUGCAAAUGAUAAAAACUUUUGGCGUCGUUACAUUUAUUUAUGGAUUAAUUAUGCACUCUACGAAGAACUUGAAACUGAAGACAUUGAACGAACACGACAAAUCUACAAAACACUUCUAGAACUUAUUCCACAUAAAGUGUUUACAUUUAGCAAAAUUUGGCUUCUCUAUGCUCAAUUUGAAAUUCGACAAAAGAAUCUUCAAGUUGCAAGAAAAAGUCUCGGAAUGGCGAUUGGAAUGUGUCCACGAGAUAAAAUUUAUCGUGGAUAUAUCGAGCUUGAGAUUCAGUUAAGAGAGUUCGAUCGUUGUCGCAUUUUAUAUGAGAAAUUCUUGGAAUUCAAUCCUGAAAAUUGCAUAACUUGGAUGAAAUUUGCUGAACUUGAGACACUUCUUGGUGAUGUUGAGAGAGCAAGAGCUAUUUAUGAACUUGCUGUAGCACAACCACGAUUGGAUAUGCCGGAACUUUUGUGGAAAGGUUUCAUCGAUUUUGAAGUGUCGCAAGGUGAGAUUGAACUUGGGCGACAACUCUACGAACGUCUUUUAGAACGAACUGGACAUGUGAAAGUUUGGAUUUCUUAUGCAAAGUUUGAGUUGACAUCAGAAGCACAGGAAGAAGGGAUGAAUGUGUCACUUGCUAGAAGAGUUUACGAGCGUGGCAAUGAAUGUCAACGAAAUUUAAACGAUCGUGAAGCUCGAGUGUUGAUUCUUGAAGCUUGGCGUGACUUUGAAAAGUCAAACGGAGAUGAAGAUUCAAUCAAAAAAGUUAUUGAAAAAAUGCCACGACGAGUUAAGAAGCGUCAAAAGAUUGUCUCAGAAACAGGCGAAACCGAAGGUUGGGAAGAAGUUUUCGAUUACAUUUUCCCAGAAGACGAAUUGGCCAAACCGAAUCUUAAACUUCUUGCUGCUGCUAAAAACUGGAAGAAAGUUCGCGUUGAUGACCCAAAAGCAGUUGAAAGUAAUUCAAGUCAAAACGAAGAUGAAGAUUCAGAGUCUGGUUCAAGUUCUUCCGAAAAUGACGACGAAGAAAAUGAUUAAAUUUUUUUUAAAUUCUAAGUUUAAAGAUAAAAAUAAAAGUAAAUUUAAUUAAACUAAAAUUAAUUCGUUU